UGCACAGGUUGGUUUACGCCGGAGCAGUAUAUGCCAGUAGAUCAUGGAUGAAAUGGAUAACUUGAAGGUUGGCUUUAUUGGAGCUGGGAACAUGGCUUUCGGUAUAGCACAGGGAAUCCUUAAAUCAGGUGACAUUUCUCCCUCCAAUGUGAUUGUAAGUGCCCCAUCUACAAACAACUUCCCCCGCUUCCAGGAGAUGGGAGUAGCAGUCACACACUCAAAUGAGGAGGUGGUUCAGUGUUCACGUCUUGUCUUCCUGGCAGUCAAACCCUAUCUUAUCUCUACAGUCCUAAAUAAGAUUGUGGCGUAUGUCACCCCACAACACAUCAUUGUCUCCAUGGCAGCUGGAGUCACUCUGGCAACACUUAAGGAGUUGUUGCCUGUAGGAUCCAGUGUGAUUCGUAUGAUGCCAAAUCUACCAUGCAUGCUCCAGGAAGGAGCUCUGGUAUUGGCUUGUGGAACAGGGGUCAACCCAGAUAUAGGAUCUCUGCUAAAGAAGCUGCUCACACCUUGUGGGUUGGUGGAGGUGGGGCCUGAAGCCUGGAUUGAUGCUCACACAGGCCUGAGUGGCAGCGGUGUGGCUUUUGUGUACGUCUUUGCAGAGGCCAUGGCGGAAGGAGCUGUUAAAAUGGGAAUGCCUGUCGCACUGGCUCAGCGGAUUGCAGCCCAGACUAUACUAGGUGCAGGGCGUUUAUUGCGAGACAGUGGGAAGCACCCAGCUCAGCUGAAGGCCGAAGUGUGUACUCCAGGUGGGACAACGGUGUAUGGACUUCAUGCACUGGAAAAGGCCGGACUUAGGGCGGCUGCCAUUGAGGCAGUGGAGGCAGCCACAGAAAGAGCAAGAGAACUUGGACGCAAAUAGGAGUAAUAAAGGUUACACAGUAUAAGAAGUGAAAAGACUACCAAAAAAGAAUAAGGAGCCACUAUUUAACAAAAAAUACAGAGACAAGGAGAUCUUAAAAACAGGACCAUGAAAGCUGCUUUUACAGUUUGUAUGGAGUAAGAUUUGUUUACAUGGACUAAAAUGCAGUAAAAUAAAUGGGAUCAAGUCUUAAGUAACAAUACUGGAGGACGUACUGAUUUUUAUGUUUUAAGUUGCUGUAUAUAUAUUACAGAGAUGGGAACAAACAAGCUACACCAUAUGGCCUAAUUACUGAAUUUAUUGAGUAGGUGUUUCACUUACAUCCUUUGCUAACAAUAUAAAGUCAGUUCUAUCACAUACAGUGGCUUUCUAUUCUAUGUAGAAUUGUUUUAAUGCAGCAUUGGGGCAUGAACUGCCCAUUUAAAAAUUUGCCUCAGCAUCUCAAUGGGAUUCAGGUUAGGACUUGAAAUAGGUUAUUCCUUUAUUUUGUUUCUUUUGCGACAUUCAGAAGUGGAGUUGCUUGUGCGCUUUGAAUCACUGUCCUGCCGCAUAACAUCUUAAUAUAAAAUUGACAGAAAAGGUUAUUUAUGGCAAUGUCGUAAAAUACCCUUGUUUGAUUUUCUCAUUAACCUCAUGAAUGACCCUCAAUGAGUUUUAAUGGUACUGCAAUAAGAUCAUUCAAAUCCCACUGA